AACGCUUCCCGAGAACCAUGGUUGGUCCAGGCAGGCGAUCGCAGCACCUCCCGGAGCCGCCGAGAGCCGGGGGUGGGGUGGGUGGGGUGGGGGGGUCUGUUUGUAGUACUCUCAGUCCUGAUGUCACAGGCGCGGCAAGGACAUCGCAAGGAGGAGUCGGAUUACAGUAAGGAUGGGCAGUGCAGCAGGCAGCCCGAGCGCACGCUCCAGCCGCCGGGAACCAUAGCCCGGGAAAGGCGCUUAUCCCGCGGAGGAGGCACGCUCGGCGCCCGCUGCUCUCCACGCCGGGGACGUUUCCACCGAACGUAGCAUGAAACGGCUCGGCUCUGCGCGGCAGCCUGGGGUACGAGCUGAUGCUGAAGACGCCGCGGUGGGGUUCCAGCUGUCCGAUUAAUGAGAAACAUAAUGUAUUUUGGUGGUACAUGCCAGAGUCCUGCUCUCCCAGCCCUGGUCCGUCCACCAGCCCCUCCUUUGCAACCAUCGCUGGAUAUUAAGCCGUUUCUUCCCUUUCCUCUUGACACUGCGGCCGCAGUCAACCUCUUCCCCAAUUUUAAUGCGAUGGACCCGAUUCAGAAAGCUGUAAUAAAUCAUACUUUCGGGGUUCCUCUCCCUCAUCGAAGAAAGCAAAUCAUAUCAUGCAACAUUUGCCAGUUGAGAUUUAAUUCCGAUAGCCAGGCCGCGGCCCACUACAAAGGCACGAAACAUGCCAAGAAGCUCAAAGCACUGGAAGCCAUGAAAAAUAAGCAGAAAUCUGUCACUGCCAAGGACAGCGCAAAGACUACCUUCACCUCCAUCACUACCAAUACCAUCAAUACCAGCUCUGACAAAACAGACACUACCACAGGGACACCAGCAAUAUCGACUACGACAACUGUGGAAAUUCGCAAAAGCAGUGUUAUGACAACUGAGAUCACCUCUAAAGUGGAGAAAAGCCCCACGACAGCCACUGGCAAUAGCUCAUGUCCUUCCACGGAGACUGAGGAAGAAAAGGCAAAACGGCUUCUUUACUGUUCGCUAUGCAAGGUUGCUGUCAACUCCGCCUCACAGCUGGAGGCUCACAACAGUGGUACUAAGCACAAAACCAUGCUAGAAGCCCGGAAUGGAAGUGGAACUAUCAAAGCCUUCCCCAGGGCAGGUGUGAAAGGCAAAGGACCAGUUAAUAAGGGGAAUACAGGCCUGCAAAACAAAACGUUUCACUGUGAAAUCUGUGAUGUGCACGUCAACUCGGAAACACAACUUAAACAGCACAUUAGCAGUAGAAGGCACAAAGACAGAGCUGCUGGGAAGCCCCCCAAACCUAAAUACAGUCCUUACAACAAACUGCAGAAGGCAGCACAUCCGCUUGGGGUAAAAUUGGUAUUUUCAAAAGAACCUUCCAAGCCAUUGGCUCCACGAAUUCUACCCAACCCACUGGCAGCUGCAGCGGCUGCUGCAGCCGUGGCUGUGAAUUCCCCCUUCAGUCUCAGAACGGCUCCAGCAGCAACGCUGUUCCAGACUUCUGCACUCCCUCCAGCCCUCCUGCGGCCAGCUCCUGGACCCAUUCGGACCACCCACACUCCUGUGCUGUUUGCUCCUUACUGAAUUCCAAAUGGGAGUACUUGUACUGCAAUAAUUUUUCAAAAAACA